AAAAAAAUGUGAUUUAAAUUAUUUAAUUAAAAACAAAUUGUGAUCGUCAAAAAAAUAAAAAUAAAAAUUGUAUCUAAAACAAAAAUAAAAAUAAAAAAAGAAAUGCUUCUCCGCCUUCUUUCUCCCGCUUAUCGACCAUCCUCUGCCCAUUCCAGUGCGAUAUCUGGAAAACAGUAUAGAGUAAGGUGUGUGAGAAGGAGCAGUAUGACUAGCGAGAAUUUGUUUUCCAAAGUCAGAAAACCUGCGAAUUCCCGUUUGUGCAACGUCUCCAGUUACACAACUGAAUUGCUAGAGAUUGAAGCUGAUGAUCGAAAAUUGCAUGUUUUGUUCAUUCCUGGAAAUCCUGGCGUGAUAGCAUUCUAUAAGGACUUUUUGGAAGCCUUGUUUGAGCUGCUUGAUGGAGUUGCAUCCAUAACAGCUAUUGGACACAUUUCUCAUACAAAAAGGGACUGGGAGAAUGGAAGAUUGUUCUCAAUGCAAGAUCAGAUUGAUCAUAAGAUAGACUUCAUCAGACAAGAAUUGAGAAAUUCUGAGGUUCCUAUAAUCCUGGUUGGGCAUUCUAUUGGUUCAUAUAUAUCUAUUGAAACACUGAAGAGGCUUCAGGAGAAGGUGAUAUAUUGUAUAGCACUGUAUCCAUUUUUAGCAUUAAACCCAAUAUCAACAUGGCAGCCUAUUAUUGGGACAAUUGCAGCGUCCUCAUUCCUCUCUGCCGUAGUUAGUUUCAUUGUGGCAUUAUUGGGGAUGCUACCGAAAUGGGCUUUAAGGUUAAUUGUAUUAAAAUCUUUUGGUAGAUCUUGGUCUUCUACUGCUGUUGAGGCUGCUUGUAGUCAGUUACCACGGCUUUUAGAGAGACCAGAUUGGACAUUCAUGAGGGGAAGUAAGGAUAAAAUCACGUUUUUGUUUGGUGAUGAUGACCACUGGGGACCAUUGCAAAUGUUUGAAGAGAUUUCAGAGCAGGUUCCUAAUAUUGCUAUAUCAGUUGAAAGGGAAGGUUAUACUCAUAAUUUCUCUUGCACAGAGGCUGGCUCAGUAUGGGUUGCUCAACAUGUUGCAAACUUGAUAAAGAGUCAAAUACCAACUUCAGGGAAAUAAGAUGAUCAGUGAACAUCUUAAGGAUGCAUUCAUAGGCAACAAUUACACAAGAAAAAGUCAACAGAAAAUAAAAGGGAACAGCAAAACAAAUGGCAACAAUUAGAAAUAAUAGCUUUUAUUUUAUUUGGUUGUAUAUUCUGAAGUAAUGCCUCAAAAAGAGGCUACAACUAAGAAAGUUAAUCAUUAUGAAAUCAUGUAAUCUCUUAUGAAAAGAGAACAUGUUUAUGAAUAAAACAAGCAAGUUUAUCACAAUUCUUAAGAGGUCACAGCUCCCUCCAACGAACUCUUUUCUUCCGCUCCUCUUUCCCUUUUCUUCAAAUCACAAUAGGUCGCUCUAGGAUCUUGAAGGAUCUUUUCAAGCCACCAAAUUCUAGGAUCUUGAAGGAGAUUCCCCUGUUCAACAACCCAUGACCAGAUCCUACACCAAGGCCAUUAACAGAACACUUCAAUUGCCAAAUUUUUAAAUACCAUGUAUUACAAUAUUUGUGAAAUAUGGAACUAACUC